AUGAUGGAAGUUGUUUUCCGACAAGUGAAAGAAACCUACAGCACGUGUAACUGUAGAGCUAUUUAUAUCAACAGGAACACAGAAAGACUGGACAAAACAAGCAAAGGAACACAGAAAGACUGGACAAAACAAGCAAAGGAACACAGAAAGACUGGACAAAACAAACAAAGGAACACAGAAAGACUGGACAAAACAAGCAAAGGAACACAGAAAGACUGGACAAAACAAGCAAAGGAACACAGAAAGACUGGACAAAACAAACAAAGGAACACAGAAAGACUGGACAAAACAAGCAAAGGAACACAGAAAGACUGGACAAAACAAGCAAAGGAACACAGAAAGACUGGACAAAACAAACGAAGGAACACAGAAAGACUGGACAAAACAAGCAAAGGAACACAGAAAGACUGGAGAAAACAAGCAAAGGAACACAGAAAGACUGGACAAAACAAACAAAGGAACACAGAAAGACUGGACAAAACAAGCAAAGGAACACAGAAAGACUGGACAAAACAAGCAAAGGAACACAGAAAGACUGGACAAAACAAACAAAGGAACACAGAAAGACUGGACAAAACAAACAAAGGAACACAGAAAGACUGGACAAAACAAGCAAAGGAACACAGAAAGACUGGACAAAACAAGCAAAGGAACACAGAAAGACUGGACAAAACAAGCAAAGGAACACAGAAAGACUGGACAAAACAAACAAAGGAACACAGAAAGACUGGACAAAACAAGCAAAGGAACACAGAAAGACUGGACAAAACAAACAAAGGAACACAGAAAGACUGGACAAAACAAGCAAAGGAACACAGAAAGACUGGACAAAACAAACAAAGGAACACAGAAAGACUGGACAAAACAAGCAAAGGAACACAGAAAGACUGGACAAAACAAGCAAAGGAACACAGAAAGACUGGACAAAACAAGCAAAGGAACACGGAAAGACUGGAGAAAAUAGACAGACUCAUGAUUCCCAGGUUUACAAGGAACAUUUAG